AACUGUUUUUGUGAGAACCAAGAUAAAGAUGAAUAUUCACAAGUUGUGGGAGUACAGAGAAUAUGUUAAUGUGAACGGCAUGAUGCUCAGCAAUGAACUAAUCUCGUUUUUGCAAAAUCACCUCACCGUGCUGCAAGUUGAGAACCAUUUCACACAUAUGCAGUACUGGGGCCAAAUCUACGCCGUGGACGCCGAUUAUCAUAUCGCUGUCGGUAUCAAUAAAGACGCGAUACAUGACAGAAAAUACUAUUACUCGACCGACUUUAAGUUCUGGGGUCUCUUGCCUAAACCGAAGAAAAAAUAUAAACACCUCUCUUUGCUAACUACCUUCCCCUUUCGCGGCGAUCCAUCUCUGAAGAUCAAAGUUAUCGACGAAUCUUUUGACGAACAUAAUCCGGAUAGAUGCCAAACAAUGCAAGAGGAAAAGCGGUUAGCAGCUACCAUUAGUAAUAUUUGUGAUGAAGCAGAGGUAUGCGCCCGUGGCCAGUUAAUCAAACAGCCAGAUGGAACUGUGGUUAUCAAUCCUAACUUCUAUGGAUUGACGGGUCCGGAAGCUAAGCUGAUUAAGUCCUAUUUACACAUUCGUCCAGCUCAGCAGCGCUGGAAUACGAAUCUCCUGACAAGACCGGACUAUAACUACAGCAUGGAUUUCCUAGAUUCUAUUGAUCAAGAUAUUCCAAGUGGUUGUUGGAAUUUGUCUGUGGAACAAUCAGGUAACGUUGCCUACCUGAAGAGUCUCUAUUGGCCUGGAAUGUCAUAUUUUCACAAAAUACGCAGUUCGGACGCGGGUUUUCUUUACGUUGGAAACGGUAGGAAAAUUUUGGACGUACCAUUUCUGAUUUAGUACUUUUCUUAUAAUUUGAUUAUUGUACCUAUCUUUUCAAUGGCAUACAUCAACAUAAGAUCUUUAUAUAAUUUUUAAAAUGAAGACAUACAA